AUGCCGACAUUGACCAGUAAUUUUCUAUCCGCUAUAUGUUUACCAAUUACAUUUUCGAAAUUGAUAUGUGAAACAAAAGAACUGUUGAAUGUUGGUUGGAAGUUGAGUGCAUCCAUGCUACUUGAAUGCGCAUUGUCAACGAACAGUGUCAUAUUUGUGGGUCGUCAUGAUAAAACAGAAAAGGCGGCUGCAUCUUUUGCAGACCUAAUUAUAACAACAAUUUGCAUUUUACCUGGAUUUGGAAUAGUUACCGUCUGCAACACGUACAUUGCAAAUAGCAAUGGAGAACAACUGCGUUACAAACAAGAAAUUAUACUGCAGAAAGCAUUAUUACUGUGUAUCAUCAUAUCACUGCUAAUCUGCCCAUUAUUGCUAAAUAUGGAAAAUAUUCUGAUACUUCUAUACCAAGAUCCUGAAAUAAGCUUUUUAGCUGGAAGAUUCUGUAUGGUUUACAUAGCGGCUGUACCUCUACGAAAAAUCUUCGAUCCACCGCACCGGCACAAAACGCUAACACUAAAGGUCACCUAA